GGGGAAAGUUGAGCUCCACCCCGGCCGGCAAAGUCUCAUUCCGUGGGCGAGUAGAAUUGGCCGGAUUUGAUCGACCACGACACAAGCAGUGUUCCUGCGACAUUCCAAUUCUGCUUUCUAGCGCCUUUUUCACACCACGUCUCAUUUCUCCGGGCUUGCAGUUUUUCCUUACAAGCUCCGCGCUCAUUUCACAGACUCGACCACCACAAUGGCGACAAUCAGACCAUCUGUUCUCCGGCUAUCCCGCAGAGCCGCGUCCUCCGCGCUCACGGGGCCGUCAACGCCCAUCGCGCCGGCUCUUUCGAGUAAAUUCCUCCAGUCUAGAUCCUUCGCGACGCCCGUACCGCCAGUGACUCAAAAUGCCGUCGGCUCCAAGGGCCCAACCGCCAUGGUCUUCCUGAACAUGGGUGGUCCCUCGACUGUCGACGAAGUCGGCGACUUCCUCAGUGCUCUCUUUGCCGAUGGCGACCUCAUCCCCCUCGGUCGCUUGCAGAACUACAUCGGUCCCAUCCUUGGCCGGCGGAGAACACCCAAGAUCCAACAGCAGUACUCGGAAAUCGGCGGCGGCUCACCGAUCCGGAAAUGGACCGAGUACCAGAAUGCGGAGAUGUGCAAGCUCCUAGACAAAAUCUCUCCAGAGACAGCGCCGCACAAGCCAUACGUGGCCUUCCGCUACGCGCACCCGCUGACCGAGGAGAUGUACACGAAGCUGCUGGACGACGGGUUUGGCAACGGCAAGGGCGGAAGAGCUGUGGCCUUUACUCAGUACCCGCAAUACUCUUGCUCGACGACAGGAAGCAGUCUCAAUGAGCUCUGGAAGUGGCGGCAGCGGAUGGAGGGCAAGGCUGGGUCUGGUGCCAUCCAGUGGAGUGUCAUUGACAGAUGGCCCGCGCAUCCAGGCUUGGUUGAGGCUUUCGCCUCGAACAUCGAGAAGACAUUGGAGACGUACCCCGAAGAGCGUCGGAAGGACGUUGUCUUGCUGUUCUCAGCUCACAGUCUGCCCAUGUCCGUUGUCAACAGAGGUGAUCCUUACCCCGCUGAAGUCGCCGCGACGGUAUACGCCGUCAUGCAAAGACUCAAGUUCUCCAACCCCUACCGGCUGUGCUGGCAGUCACAGGUUGGCCCUCAACCCUGGCUGGGCCCGCAGACACAGAUGUCUGUCGAAGAGUAUGUCAAGAAGGGCCAAACGGAUUUGGCAUUGAUCCCGAUCGCCUUCACGUCCGACCACAUUGAAACGCUGUACGAACUGGACAAGGAAGUCAUUGGGGAGUCGGGCCACGCAGACACCAUCAAGCGCGUGGAGAGCCUGAACGGCAACCCCAUCUUCAUCGAGGCUCUGGCGGACCUGGCCAAAACACAUCUGCAGAGCGGUGUUGCGUGCUCGUACCAGAUGGGCUUGCGAUGUCCUGGCUGCAAGAGCGAGCGCUGCGCCGAGUCAAAGAAGUUCUUUGCCGGCCCUGAAAACGCGUUUGCCGUUUGAGGAGCGGCAAACAUAUUGUAACAUUAGCUCGAUACCACUUUUGCAAGGAUUAGAACAAAAGAUUCAGAUUUGCGUUGCCCUUCUGAACGCGUUGGGCUCAAUGUCCACGGCCAAUGCACGUUAAGCAAGUGUAUGCCGGAGUUAGAGGCCUUCGGAUGUCCGUCUUGGCCUGCAGCCUUCACAGCCAGCCACGUUGCAGGACCUCGGAACGGGCGUAAGCUUGUGCAGACUGGACCCCACUUGCCGGGUCCAACG